AUGAUCUCGCACGAGUCGACCGCGACACGGACAGAGACCUUCCGUUUGGGCUCUCGUGACGUCCCCCGACUCUUCAACGGCCUUUGGCAGUUGUCCAGCAACUCUUGGGGCAGUGCUCCCGCCGCCAAGAUCCGCAAAUGCAUGGCAACUUACGCCGAGAGUGGUUUCGUCGCCUUUGGUCAGCACUCCUCCUGUGAUCUCGCCGAUCACUACGGACCGGCCGAAAUCUUGUUUGGCGAGUUUCGCGAGAAGUGUAGCGACCCGGACGCGAUCUUCGGCGCCACCAAAUGGUGCGUGUUUCGGAAGUUGGAGCCGACGAAGGCGCUUGUCGAAGCCGCCAUCAACGAGCGACUGGAGCGCAUGAAAACACAGCACGUGGACCUGCUUCAGUUCCACUGGCAAGACUACAACGAUCAUGGGUACCUCACUGCGCUGCGCCAUUUACGCCACCUCCAGUCGGAGGGCAAGAUCUCCAUGAUCGGCCUCUGCAACUUUGAUUCCGAGAGGAUGGAUGAAAUCUGCGGCACGCUCGAUCCCGGGGCCAUCGUGUCCAACCAAGUGCAGUUUUCACUGAUCGACGUGCGACCGCGAUAUGGAAUGGGCGCAGUUUGUCAACGGCACGGCGUGAAGCUGCUGACAUACGGAACCGUCUGUGGAGGCUUUCUGUCUGACAGCUGGUUAAACAAGGCGGAGCCGGACCCUUACUCUGGAACGCUAACGCCCUCACAGCGCAAGUACCUGGACAUGAUUAUCAAGGCGUGGGGCAGCUGGACGCUCUUCCAAACACUGCUCUCUACGCUCAAAGCUAUCGCGGACAAGUACAGCGUGAGCGUCGCGAACGUCGCGACCCGCUGGGUGCUCGACCACGACUUUGUCGGCGCCGUUCUCAUCGGAGUGCGGAUGGGCGUGUCAGAGCACGCCGAGGACAACCUGCACGUGUACGGAUUUAGGCUCGACGCUGAGGACCGCGUGGCGAUCGAUGAGGUCUUAGCACAGUCAAAGGGCUCGCAGUUGAUUGAGAGCAUCGGCGACUGUGGCGCUGAGUAUCGCUAG